AUGGCAGCAGUGAUAUUGAUAACAGGUGUCUGUCUCUCUCUCUCACUCUCUCUGUGUCUGUCUCUCUCUCCCCCACUCUCUCUGUGUCUGUCUGUCUCUCUCCCAUUCUCUCUGUGGUUGUCUCUCUCUCCCACUCUCUCUGUGUCUGUCUCUCUCUCUCCCAUUCUCUCUGUGGUUGUCUCUCUCUUCUAUUCUCUCUGUGGUUGUGUCUCUCUCUUCCAUUCUAUCUUUGGUUGUCUCUCUCUUCCAUUCUAUCUUUGGUUGUCUCUCUCUUCCAUUCUAUCUUUGGUUGUCUCUCUCUUCCAUUCUAUCUUUGGUUGUCUCUCUCUUCCAUUCUAUCUUUGGUUUCUCUCUCUUCCAUUCUAUCUUUGGUUGUCUCUCUCUUCCAUUCUAUCUUUGGUUGUCUCUCUCUUCCAUUCUAUCUUUGGUUGUCUCUCUCUUCCAUUCUAUCUUUGGUUGUCUCUCUCUUCCAUUCUAUCUUUGGUUGUCUCUCUCUUCCAUUCUAUCUUUGGUUGUCUCUCUCUUCCAUUCUAUCUUUGGUUGUCUCUCUCUUCCAUUCUAUCUUUGGUUGUCUCUCUCUUCCAUUCUAUCUUUGGUUGUCUCUCUCUUCCAUUCUAUCUUUGGUUGUCUCUCUCUUCCAUUCUAUCUUUGGUUGUCUCCCACUGCUGCUGUGGUUGUCUCUCUGUCUCUCUCUCUCUCUCCCCCAUUGCCACUAUGGCUCUCUCUCUCUCUCUCCCAUUACCACUAUGGCUUUCUCUCUCUCUCUCUCUCUCUCUCCCACUGCCUCUGUCUCUCCUCCACUUUUCUUCCACUUGUCUCUCCCCUGUUUCAUUCUGUGGCUGUCUCUUGUCCCCUGUCUGUCUCUGUCUCUCUCUCUUUAGUAAUGUCUAUCACUGUGCCUGUCUCUCCUCAGACUUUUUCCUCAAUUCUCUGUUUCUUAUUUUUCUAUCUGCUUUUCACCUUUCUUUCCUUUUUAUUUUGUUUUCUCCAUCUCUUUCUCUUUUUGCUUCUCUCAUAUUUUGUUUUUCUUUCCUUUUCUCUCCCUCACUCAUUUUCUUUCUUUUUCUUGCCUGCAUUGCCUACCUACCUACCUACCUACCGAAAUCUAUUAACUCAUCUUCCCUAUUUCUCUUUCCUCUGUGUCCCAACAACAAUUAUCUUUAG